ACCAAUUUGAUGAUGACAGUUCCUGCGGAUUAUGUGAUGUGCGAACGCACAGCGUUGAUUAUUCUAAUUUUCCAACGCCCACUUGAUUUUCUACAUAUUUGCCGCUAGCAAGUGCACAUAUUCGCCACGUGCUCUUAUAAACGAAAAGUGUGUAGGAUUCCAGCUGUUGGUAGUGUUUAAGACAGGAGUGAUUUCUCUACUACUGAGGUGUUGCUAAAUUUUGGAUGUUAUAUUGGAGGUUUUCAAGAGGAAAAUAGAACAAAGUAUUUUCUUUAAGACUGAGACUUUUUCUCUGCACAAAAUGGAUAAACUCAGGAGUUUUUUCAAUGGGGAAGAAGAUAAUGCUGAUGAGCAGAAUGGUAUUAUGGCACAGUCCAAAGUAGAUUUUGCGGUUUCUGACACAAUGAAGCUUAGUAAAACAACUAGAAUAAAAGGUUUCAUUAUAUGCUUCAUAAUUGGAAUUUUACUAUCCAUACUUGGCUCAUUUGCACUGUUUCUUAAUAAUGGAUUGACAUAUUAUGGAGUGCUUUAUACACUUGGAAAUCUUAUUUCCAUAGCUAGUACAUGCUUUUUGAUGGGCCCUAUAAAUCAGAUAAAGAAAAUGUUCGCCCCAACAAGAGUUAUUGCAACUGUAAUAGUUUUUUUUGCAUUUGGACUCACGUUAUGGGCAGCUUUAAAGCUUCACAACGCUGGCCUUGCAUUAUUAUUUAUCAUAAUUCAAUAUUUGGCUAUGUUGUGGUACUCAUUAUCUUAUAUUCCUUAUGCUAGAGAUGCUGUGAAGAAAACUGUUGAAGCAUGCAUUACAUAAUUUUAGAUUUUAUUUUGGAAUAUCAAUACAACCAGAAAUUACGAAAUUGAGCAGAACUUAUUGAUUUUGAUACUUCUAUUGAACAACUAUUUUUUACAAACUUUUUCUACAAAUAUUUGAUUUAGACACCAAGUGCCUGUUUCACGAAAAUACUAAACAAAUUUUCAUAGUUAUUUUUAAAUAGAACUCCUUAUUCACUGUUACAUGUCAUAAGAUAAUAUUUAUGUCAAUUAUAAUGAUUUUAAGUAAGUGAUAAAAUUCAAUUUAUAUCCAGUUUUAAUGAAAAGCACUUUUAUAAAAUGUAAGUUAAAAUUUGUGUCAUAGAAUUUAGUAAUAGCUGAUAGAUUAUUUAUUAUUGCUGAAGUAUUAAAUUUGUGAAUGAUUAAUUUUCAAAUGAAAUAAUGUCCAACUUCUACAAAGCAAUAGUUGGAAUUUUAAUUGAAUAUUAUUUGUAGAUAAUAUAUCAUUUUUAAUAGAAAUCGAUUUAUAGAUUUCCGGAAAAUUUACUAAUUAUUUUAAUUUCCUAAAAUAUUUCCAGAGCUUUUCAAAGUAUGUGUGUUGUGUACAGUGUUAAAUACUCAUAAAUGUUAUUGUAAGGUCAAACUGCUUAAUUAUUUUUAGCAAUUUGACCAAGAAUUUGAAUGAAACAUAAUUAACUCAUUACUAGCCGAGCAAAAUCCAAGCUAGGUAGCACUGAACUAACUAUUGAAACAUUAUCAAAAUGAAAAAAAAAAUUUACUCGUGUUUUUUCUUUUAGCGAUACAUUAAUGAAAUAGAAGCUGACAAAACAUGGUAUAGAGGUUUUGGAACCUGUUUUUCUCCGUAAAAUCGAUUGGUGUUAUCAUUUUUUUGAAAUUGCAAAAUUUUUGUUAAUUUGUUUAGGUAAUUUCGUAUAAAUAAUCGGAACUGUAAAAAGAAAAAAACAGAAGUAAUUUUUUUUCAUUUGAAUAGUAACCCAAUAGAUAGUUUACUGCUAUCUAGUUUAUAUUUCACUUGAACAAUAAUCGGUUAAAUAAUAAAGUUUAUCAUAAGUUAUAAUUAUAACCAGAAUAUGUUUAUAAUAUCACGAAUGAUACAAAUCUUCAAGCUUCCAAUUUAUCAAAAAGAUAGUAUCACAUUUUUAAAAUGUUUUAUGUCAAUGUGUGAAAGGAAACGUGACCGUACUUAGAUGAAAGUUUCUCGCAUAGUUACGCGCAUAACAAUAGAACUGAUAUUACGAGGAAUAUUUACAAAGCAUUUAUUUUAUAAUAAUGUGGCAUGAUUAUAAUAAACUCUUUAUAAAUUACGAUUAUCACUUUUUA